AUGCUGGAAGGUGAAAGGCAUCUGUUGAAAUUGGUGAAGACUCGUCUCCAGACGCUAUCACAUCUGAAAGGUGAGACACAAUUUACGGGUAUUGCAGACUGCUUCUAUCGGACCUUUCAACGAGAGGGAUUGCGAGCCCUCUUCAAGGGUGCUGGAUGCCGUGUCAUGGUGAUGGCACCGCUCUUCGGCAUCGCACAAACCGUCUAUUACCUUGGAGUGGCAGAAUUCCUUCUAGGUUUGUGCAAACCAAUGCACCUCUAG